UCCCGCGGAGCACCCCCAUCUCCCGGCCCUCCGCGCCCGGCUGCGGCCUCCUGGGCACUGGCCGUGGUCUGGGGAUCGCUAGGGAGAGGGGCCGGGGCCGCGGCUUCGGCCACCCGGGCCCGGUGAUCUGCGGUCUCGCUGUGCUGAGCCUCCGUGCCGACCGGCCUGUGGGCGGUCUCUUCUGGUCCCACACGGCCCACCUAGGGGUGGCGACCGCCGCCGAGAAGGGUUUAGCUCCGUCAAUGUUGCCACAAUGGAAGCCAAGGGUAAAAAGAAGUUCGUCGGGAAGAGUGGAAAAGCACCUCGUGGAAAAGUGCCACCUGGAAAAAAGAAAUUUAAAAAAGAUUCAGGCCCACCAAAGAAACCUCUUAACAAAGGAGAUGAGGAGGGAAAGCCUAAAUCCAUUUCCAAGAAAUUUGUGAAAGGACAAUUAAGACCUGGAAGAGCUAGCGUCAAACAAUUCAAGAAUAAACAGCAAUCAGAAAAGCUUGCAAAGAAGAGGAAGCUCCAGGAUGGUGAAGAGGGAGGGUCAGAUUCUAAGAAGCCAAAGUGGAGUGACUUCAAAAAGAAAAGGAAGGAGUUAAAGCAAACCAGACAGCUUAAUGAUAAAAGUAAUUACGACAUAAUUGUAAAAUCAAAGCAAAUAUGGGAAACUGUGAGAAGAAAGAAAUGCAAUAAGGAGACCCGAGAAAAGCUAAUGAAUGAACUACAGAAGCUUCUUCAUGGAAAAAUUAAAAGUCUGGCGUUUGCACAUGAUUCAACUCGAGUGAUCCAGUGCUUUAUUCAGUAUGGUAAUGAGAAGCAAAGGCAAGAGACAUUUGAAGAACUGAAAGAUAGCCUAGUAGAGUUGAGCAAAUCAAAAUAUUCCAGAAAUAUUGUGAAGAAGUUUCUUAUGUAUGGGACAAAACCACAAGUUGCAGAAAUAAUAAAAAGUUUUAAGGGCCAUGUGAAAAAAAUGCUCCGUCAUGCCGAAGCAUCUGCUGUAGUGGAAUAUGCGUAUAAUGACAAAGCCAUUCUGGAGCAGAGGAAUAUGCUGACAGAAGAACUAUAUGGGAACACUUUCCAGGUUUACAAGACACCAGUUGUCCCAACACUGGAUAAAGUGUUAGAAGCUCAACCUGAAAAGAGAGAGGCCAUCUUGGAUGAAAUGAAACAGAUUCUUACACCAAUGGCACAAAAAGAGGCUGUGAUAAAGCACUCACUGGUACAUAAAGUAUUUUUGGACUUUUUCACUCAUGCUCUUCCGAAACAAAGAUCCGAAAUGAUAGAAGCUAUCAGAGAGGCUGUCAUCUACCUGGCACACACUCAUGAUGGAGCCCGAGUAGCAAUGCACUGCUUAUGGCAUGGUACUCCCAAGGACAGAAAAGUCAUUGUGAAAACUAUGAAGACAUAUAUUGAAAAAAUAGCAACGGGUGAAUUUUCUCAUCUGGUCUUGCUGGCAGCAUUUGAUUGCAUCGAUGACACAAAACUUAUGAAACAGUUAAUUAUAUCUGAAAUAAAUGCUUCUUUGCCCAAUAUAAUAAACAACAAAUAUGGAAAGAAGGUCUUGUUGUACUUGCUAAGUCCAAGAGACCCUGCACAUUUUGUUCCAGAAAUCAUCACACUUCUGCAGCAGGGAGAUGGAAAUGCCUAUAGUAAGAAGAAUACUGAACUCCGCCGCCGUGAACUCCUGGAAGCCAUUUCCUCACCUUUGCUAGAAUAUUUGCAAGAACACACCCAAGAAGUAGUGGUAGACAAAGCUACCUUUGUCUUGGUUGCUGACAUCUUAAGAACAGCUCUUGGUGACGUCCAGCCUGCACUAGAUGCAAUUGCUAAUUUAGCAGCAGAAGAGCUGGUUCCAGGUGGCCGUGAUGGGCAGCUUCACAUUGCAGAGCAUCCAGCAGGCCAUCUAGUUUUGAAAUGGUUAAUAGAGCAAGAUGAAAAAAUGAGAGAGAGUGGAAAAGAAGUUUGCUUUGGAAGAACAUUGUUGGAACGUGUUGGUAUUGAGAAUAUGAAGACCUGGGCAGAAGUAAAUCGAGGUGCCAUUAUUCUUUGUUGCCUUCUCCGGAGUGCUGAUCAAAAAGUAGCAAAUACAGUCAAAAAAGGACUGAAAAAGCUUGUCCCAAAGUUGAAGCAGAAUAAAAAUGUAAAAGGAGUAGAAGCAUUACUGGAGAAAUUGACUUCCUAGUGUAAAUGAAGCUAAAAAGAGAAUUUACAUCAAUGCAGCCAACUGAGAGUUGGUAAGAUUUUACACCGUCGUUGUUUUAAGAAGCAGUGUAUGCAUUUGUAAAUUAAAUAAUUUCUAAAACAACUUUUCUGUUGUACUUAUUCUGUUCUGUGCAGUAAAUGGUUGUUCUCAGAAACUGAAAUAUCAAGAAGAUUUAAGAGCUAGUGGAAGCUUCUGAACGUGUAAUCAAGAAGUUAAAUCUUUCCUGAUAACUUGCACAAAAAUGAUUUACGUCGUGUUAAAAUUUGUAUGUAUGUUGUCAUAGUUACCAUAGAAACAGAAGCAUCUGUUCUGGAGCUAUUCUUAUAUAUUGGGCAAAUACACUUGUUCUUAAUCCCCUUCCCUCCUGGUUUCCUCAAAAAAACAAAGCAGAAAAACAACUCAAGUCCUGUUCUUACCCUGUGAAGGAGUGAUGGACGCUCUCAUCCUUCAGGAACUAACAAGAAUAGAAUGAAAUAAUGUCUAAAUUUUUUAUCUUUUUUUUUCUGAAGAAGGUCCUGAAGGAGAGACAGCUCUUUCAAUGGGCCACAGUUUGGUUUUGUUUUUCUUAAGUCUUCUGAAAAGUAUAGACUUUGAGCCCUAAUAAACCAGAAGAAUUGGAUCUGGA